ACUUGCACUGCCCAUGACUACGAGGGGAGCUUACACUGGAUAUGACCCAAAUCCCACCCUCUCAACUGACCUAAUAUGUGGUCAGCAACGAUCGGCUUCGGUUUGUAGCACAUUACGCGUCGCGCUCAGAUGGAGCAAGGAGCACGGCUACAGAGUCUCGGCAAAACCAAACUCGUUCAGAUACUGGUCAUCUUCAUCAUUUCCACGAAGUGCAGCACGAGGCCAUCGUCCCAUUUCCGUCCUGCUGCGCACAUCACGCUCACUUGGCGGGGAUCCAUCUUGACUCUCAGCCCCCUUUUGUGUUCCCUUUAUCCCAUGCUUCACCAUCGAACGAAUCAUCUUGACCGAUGUGGUUGCCAAGACUCGCUGCGAAGAGAUUACCAUGUAGGGGCAGACGCAAAUCGGUCCCAUCUCACUCGGUCAAAGGGCCCGACUCCCCGGACUUCGGGAAAAAAACAUAUGACAUCACCCUGGGCAUGGGGGCGGCCGCCAGCCAAGGGGAUAGAUCCCGGCAACUCCCCCUCCCCCUUGCAUCCGUUGCGGAAAGCUUCCCGUAGUUAUUACAUCGCAACUGCUACUUGCUGAGGCCCCCCCUCCCUUGGCUUCCCCGAUACCCCCCCCAUCCUUGUCCUGCGAGUGAGGCUCCCACCAUUUCCAGGAAACCCAACAGAUACCCUGGCUUGGCAUUACUGGAAUCCUGAGUAGGAUCACACUGGCCGUCGAGGGGCCUCGUUCCAAGCGACCCCCUCAAAAGCGAACCGCAUUGUUCUGUGCAGUAGUAGCUCAGCGUCCUUUGUCAAAGGACCAAAAAAACAACGUAAAUGAACU